AUGUGGAGAACCCUUUGCUGCAGAGCUGAUGAUGGACCACCAAAGAAAGGAACAGCUGGUGCUGGGAAAUGGGGAGACUACAGGAGCUGUGAUACUCCACCAAGAACACUUGAUAAUCUUUUCCAACAUCUUCAGUCCAUUCAGAACAAAUUUGAUUUUAUUUACUGGACUGGUGAUUUACCACCACAUAACAUAUGGAACCAAUCAAGAACUGACCAAACUAAAGCUAUCAAUGUCUUGACAGAUUAUUUCUUGAAAUAUCUUCCAAAGAAAAAGUUGUUUCCUGUAGUUGGGAAUCAUGAAAGUGCACCUGUUGAUAGUGGUGCCUAUUAUACUGUGUCUCCUUUCCCAGGGUUCAGGAUUGUUUCCAUCAAUACAAACUAUUGUAAUAAACUCAAUUGGUGGCUGAUGCUUAACAUGACAGACCCUAACCAAGAACUAGAAUGGCUGAUAAAUGUUCUACAGAAAGCCGAAGAUAAUCAUGAGAAAGUUCAUAUAAUUGGCCACAUACCUCCUGGAAUUGAAGAUUUUUUCCUCUCUCUCUCUCUCUCUCUCUCUCUCUCUCUCUGUGUUCCAUGUAGUCAUUUCAUCUUUUUUUUUUUUUUUCCUUUUUCCUUUUUUUCCUUUUCUUUUUUCUUUUUUUUUCCUUUUUUUUUUUCUUUUUCUUUUUUCCUUUUUUUUUUUCUUUUUCUUUUUUUUUUUUUUUCUUUUCUUUUUUCCUUUUUCUUUUUCUUUUUCUUUUUCCUUUUUCUUUUUUUUUUUUUCUUUUUUUUUUCUCUUUUUCUUUCUUUUUCUUUUCUCUUUUUUUCUUUUUUUCUUUUUCUCUUUUUUUUUUUUUUUUUCUCUUUUUUCUUUUUCUCUUUUUUCUUUUUUUCUUUUUCUUCUUUUUUUUUCUUCUUUUUUUUUCUUUUUCUCUUUUCUUCUUUUUCUCUUUUCUUCUUUUUUCUUUUCUUCUUUUUUCUCUUUUCUUCUUUUUUCUCUUUUCUUCUUUUUUCUCUUUUCUUCUUUUUUCUCUUUUCUUCUUUUUUCUCUUUUCUUCUUUUUUCUCUUUUCUUCUCUUUUCUCUUUUCUUCUCUUUUCUCUUUUCUUCUCUUUUCUUUUUUCUCUUUUCUUUUUUCUCUUUUCUUUUUUCUCUUUUCUUUUUUCUCUUUUUUCUCUUUUUUCUUCUUUUUUCUCUUUUUUCUUCUUUUUUUCUCUUUUUUCUUCUUUUUUUCUUUUUUCUUCUUUUUUUCUCUUUUUUCUUCUUUUUUUCUCUUUUUUCUUCUUUUUUUCUCUUUUUUCUUCUUUUUUUACAACAAGCAAAAAAUUAAUCAUAUUAGUUAA